GAGAAGCUAAAACCCUACUCUGUCUCUCUCUAAAACCUUAGUUUUCUCUCAUUGAUUCCACAGCUUUCUGCAUCACUAGCUCCGCCAUUUCUGCAACCAUAAGCUAAAACCUCUGGUUCUCCAUCUGAGAAUCCAUGGCUUCCAUCAUCCGCUCCCGCCUCCGUUACCUAUACCUCUUCCACCGCCACUUCUCUGCAUCGUCCAUCCCAACGCCCGAAAACCCCAGCUCGAUACUCGCCACACCCAUCCCAACUCCAGACAAUCCCAGCUCGGAGAAUGAAAAUCCCAGUUCGAUCCUCGCCACACCCAUCCCAACUCCAGACAAUCCCAGCUCGGAGAAUGAAAAUCCCAGUUCGAUCCUCGCCACACCCAUCCCAACUCCAGACAAUCCCAGCUCGGAGAAUGAAAAUCCCAGUUCGAUCCUCCCCACACCCAUCCCAACCCCCGACAAUCCCAGCUCGAAGAAAGAAAAUCCCAGUUCGAUCCUCGCCAGGAAACAGAAGUCCCGUGCCACCCUUGCACUUCUCAAAUCCGAAUCCGAUCCCAAUCGCAUCAUCGACAUUGCUCGGGCAGCCUCCCUCAACCCCAUGUCCCCUCUCGAUCGAGACUCCCUUUCAAUUGUCAUCUCCAAGCUCUCCGAGUCCCAAUCCUCUGCCCUCCCAUCCUUCCUUGACGAAUUCACAUCUCGCCCUGAUCUCCAAUCCGAGCCGUCCCUCUCCCACCUCAUCAUCCUCUAUGGCCGGGCUGGCAUGCUUGAUCAGGCCAUCCACACCUUCCAACACCUCGACGAACUCAGCGUGCCUGAGCGGACCACACGAUCCCUCAAUGCAGUCCUCUCCGCCUGCCUCUUCAACAACAAUCACGACAAGCUUAUUCAAAUCUUCCAUGAAUUCCCAAAGAUUUACAAUAUCAGCCCCGACAUCAACACCUACAACACAGUCAUAGAGUCCUUCCGCUUCUCCGGUAAGUCUACUUCCGCCUACACCAUCUUAGAUGAAAUGCGUCGGGAAGGAAUUAAAGCAAAUGCAAACAUGUAUAAAACAUUGCUGUCGGGUUUAUAUGCGGAAGAGAAGUAUGAUGAUGUUGAGAAGGUUUUGGAAAUGAUGGAGAAGGAAGACUGUUUUACGGGUACCAGUCCACAUGAUGUGAGGAUACAGUGUCUUUGUAGAGCAAAGAAAGCGCGUGAGGCGAAGGCUCUGUUCGAUGAGUCCAUUGCUAGUGGCGUGCAGCUGAAUUCAGCUACCUAUACCCUUCUUAUAUAUCGGUUUUGUAGGGACGGUGAUUUGGAAGAAGCGAAACGGCUCUUUGAUGAGAUGGGUGAGAAGGGCUGUGUGCCGAGUGGUAGUAGCUAUUUUACUCUGAUUGACUUUCUUUGUCAAGAUGGGCAAUUUGAUACUGCGUUGCGGUUGAGUAAGGAGUGUAUGGCGAAGGAUUGGAUGCCAUCCUUUUCGACGAUGAAGUUACUGGUGGAUGGGCUUGUGAAGGAUUUGAAGAUGGAAGAGGCCCGGAAGAUUGUUGGGAAGCUAAAGGAGAGGUUUCCUAAUGCAUCCCAUAUGUGGACAGAAGUGGAAGAAGGCUGGCCUCAACAAUGAAGAUGAUAAGUAUGUUUUGUUGUGGUGAUUGAAGAUCGGGUAGGUUAGUGAUCGGAAAUGGGGUGGCGCCGGUAGGCAAUGGAUUGCCAGUAGGAGGAUUUCUCACCAAAGCAAUAGGUGUUCUCUGAUUCUCUUAUCUUGUGUCUUUUCUAUGUAUUGGAUCCAGUCAUGGCUCUCUUUUAUAGAGAAUGGGAUUGUUUCCGUUUUCGGAUUUUCCAUUACUGCCAGAGAAACCGUUACAAGAGAGGCACUUUCAAUCAUUAUGGGAGAAAGGGAGCCAUUGGGGGAGACAGUCAUCAAUGGUCAUACGCUCCAACACACUUAAGGAAUUGAAUAACCAAUGUAAUAUUUUUAUGAAAAGCUUCUUAUCUGUGCAUUGACGUUGCUUGAAAUACUAGGGCUAUUUCAGUAAUGAAAAUGAAUGCCAUUGAGGAAAUUUUUGUCUAUUAAUUCACGAAAUGGCUAUGCUCCAUAGGUUA